GCGUGGCCCGUUGGCCAUGCUCUAACACCCAAACACACGGCGAAAGUGAUCAAAUUCGAGUACAGAGCUUUCCUAGGUCUCCGCUCGCUUGAAGGCAAGCAACCACCGGCUGUUGCAGCCACGGCACCAACCUCUACACCUCCCGGUGACCAUACCCACCCUUCCAACGGCACCUCCACCUACCGCCGGCGAACUCGUCCCCGUCGCUCUCCAAUCUUCCCACCGGAGAUGACGACGACAGAGGGUCUGGUGCCGAUCACGCGGGACUACCUCGCGCGCUACUACGACAAGUACCCGCUGCCCCCGAUCCCCGACGGCGUAACCGCCCUCUCUGCCCGCCUCCGCGCUCUGUCCGCCGAACUCGCCGCCGCUUCUCCCUUCUCCCCCGAGGAGGAGCACUUGAAACAAGAGGCAUCUGGUGUACCUGCCCAUAAAAUAGAUGAGAACAUGUGGAAGAACAGAGAACAGAUGGAAGAGAUUCUGUUUCUGCUUAAUAAAUCUCGUCGUCCAGUUGCUCUUCAACAGAAGUCCACACCAGAAGACGCUGAGAUAGUUUCCACACUUGAUGAUUGUGAAACUAAAUUGAAAGAGAUGUUGAAGAAGUUAGAACAGUUUCAGCUAAAAAAUGCCGAUAAUGUUUUCAAUACAGUUAUGACAUACAUGCCACAAGACUUCCGUGGUACACUGAUCAGGCAACAGCGAGAACGCUCUGAGAGAAAUAAGCAAGCGGAGGUUGAUGCUGUAGUUAGUGCUGGUGGAAGCAUUCAUGAUAGAUACGCAUUGCUAUGGAAGCAGCAAAUGGAUAGGCGGGUGCAAUUAGCGCAGCUUGGUUCUGCAACAGGUGUAUAUAAGACACUUGUUAGGUACUUGGUUGGUGUUCCACAGGUGUUAUUGGAUUUUAUUCGACAAAUAAAUGAUGCUAAUGGACCUAUGGAAGUGCAAAGAGAGCGCUAUGGGCCAGCACUAUACACACUUACAAAACUGGUGCUUGCAGUUCGGUUAUAUCUACAUCUCUCUUUGGCACGAUAUGGACAGAAGAAAAUAGGGAAGGAUGACAUUGCUGUGUUGCAGCAGGCAGUGGUUAUAUACACCGAGGAAUUUGGGAAGUUCACUACAUUCAUCGGUGAGGUUUUUGUGAAUGCCCCAUUCUUCAUAUCUGCUGAGGAUGCAGGUGCUGAUUCGAGGAAAAACGAUGAGUACCGAGAAACCAUUAUUCCAGCGGGAAAGACACAUGAGGUUAUUUUAAGUGUUGAAGCUGUCAACUCAUAUAUUGCAUGGGAUUUCUCAUUGCAACAAGGGGCCCUCAGCACACUGCUGGAUAUUGGCUUUCAUGUGGAGUACAUAAGCCCGUCACGGGAGAAAACGUUGAUUCUUCCCUACCGACGGUAUGAAGCUGACCAAGGUAACUUUUGCACUGUUUUCGCUGGAUCGUACAAGCUUGUAUGGGACAACUCAUAUUCAACAUUCUUCAAAAAGAAACAAGCUCGAGCUGGAACCUGACGCCGAAGAAGUUGUUCAGCGGAAGGCAAGCAAUUAUGCGCGAAACGCCAGAGCACAAUAUUCAUCUUACCAGGAGCUUUGAUCGACCAGAUGGAUUUCCAUAAUUUCUCUUCAUUAGCUCUGUCAGAAGAGCUAGUAAGAAACGAUUUGAGCGCGCCAAAUUAUAAGCAGAUUUCAUUGUUUUCUCCAUACUUAGUAGAUGGCCAACGAGCAAAAUCCUCGGAUGCAUAUUUAUUAAAUAGGUACGUUGAGAAUUGCUGCAGAAUUAAACAUGGUUAGUAGAUGACCAACGAGCAAAAUCUCUGGGACCAAG